AUGCCUCGGGGUCAGAAAAGCAAGUGCCGUGCCCGGGAGAAACGCCGCCAGGCCCAAGAAGAGCCAGAGGAUAUGGUGAGUGCCAGCUCACCUACUGCUGCUUUAUAUUGCAAUCCACAGGGUCCUCAGAGAGCCCCGGCUGAAGGUGCUACUGCUGCAGCUGCUUCAUCCGUGACAUCCAGAGAGGGCGGCAGCUUCCGAGAACGUGCUGCAAGAUCCUCAUGGAUCCCAACAUUCACUGAGUCCAUCCGCAGGGGCCCAAUAGAUGAGAAGGUGGUUAUGAUGGUGUAUUACAUGUUGUAUAAGUAUGAGAUGAAAGAGCCCAUUAGCAAGGGAGAUAUGCUGAGAAAUGUAAUCCAGAUGUACAAGUAUCACUUCCAUGAGAUCCUCAGAAGAGCUUCUGAGCAUAUGGAGCUGAUCUUUGGGCUUGACCUGAAGGAAAUGGAUCCUAAAAGGCACAUCUAUGUGCUUGUUAAUAAAUUGCAGCUAAGCUAUGAUGCAAGCCUAAUUGAUGAGUCAGUGGUGCCCAAAACAGGUCUGUUGAUGACAAUUCUGGGUGUGAUCUUUACAAGGGGUAACCGUGCCACUGAAGAAGAAAUCUGGCAAAUAUUAAAUGUGAUGGGGAUAUAUGAUGGGUGGGAACACUUCAUCUAUGGAGAACCCAGAAGAUUCAUCACCCAUGAUUUGGUGCAGGAAAAUUACCUAGAGUACCACCGGGUGGCUGACAGUGAUCCCCCACGUUACGAAUUUCUGUGGGGCCCACGAGCCCAUGUGGAAACCAGUAAGAUGAAAGUGCUAGAGUUUUUGGCAAAAAUCCAUCGUACCACUCCUAAUGCCUUCCCAGUCUGGUAUGAAGAAGCUUUGAAGGAUGAGGAAGAGAGAGCUAAAGCCAGAGCUGCAGCUAGGGCUCGUUACGCUGCCAGGAGAAAUGCUCGUCCCACCGCCACAGAUAGCAGCUCCGGUUCCUUUAGUGAAGUCUGA